CCCUCUCGCGAACUCCGGCCCCUCGCGCUCUCUCUAUCAGCCUCUCACUCCGUCUCAAUAUGUCUCAAGAUGGCGGCCAAUGCGGGAUCGAUGUUUCAAUAUUGGAAGCGCUUUGAUUUACAGCAACUGCAGAGAGAACUAGAUACCACUGCCACACUACUGGCCAACAGACAAGAUGAGAGCGAACAAUCCAGGAAAAAGCUCAUCGACCAGAGCCGCGAAUUUAAGAAAAACACACCAGAGGAUCUGCGCAAGCAGGUAGCUCCACUGCUGAAGAGUUUUCAGGCCGAGAUUGACGCAUUGAGUAAAAGAAGUAAAGAAGCAGAGGCUGCCUUCUUGAACGUCUAUAAGAAACUGAUCGAUGUCCCAGAUCCCGUCCCCGUGUUGGAGCUGGGUCAGCAGCUGCAGCUGAAGGUACAGCGCAUGCACGACAUCGAGACGGAGAACCAGAAACUGCGCGAGACGCUCGAGGACUACAACAAAGAGUUCGCCGAGGUCAAGAACCAGGAGGUCACCAUCAAAGCACUUAAAGAGAAGAUCCGAGAAUACGAACAGACCCUGAAGAACCAGGCGGAGAACCUGGCUCAGGAGAAAGAGCAGCAGCUCCACAACGACUAUGCAGAGAAAGAGAGAAAGUUGCAAGAGUCACAGGAAUCAAUGGCCUCCAGGUUGGAAGAGGCAGAACACAAAGCUCAGACUCUACAGACAGCCCUCGAGAGCACCCAGGCGGAGCUGUUCGACCUGAAGACCAAGUACGACGAGGAGUCCACGGCAAAGGCCGAUGAGAUCGAGAUGGUCAUGACCGAUCUGGAGCGAGCCAAUCAGAGAGCAGAGACGGCCGAGCGAGAGGCCGAGUCGCUGAGGGAGCAGCUCACGUCAGCUAACAAAUCCCUGCAACUGGCCACACAGAUCCAGAAAGCUCCAGAUAUGGAGCAGGCGGUGGAGGUGGUGUCACGCUCCAGUCUGGAGGCCGAGCUGAGCGCUAAGGAGCGGGAGAUGGUGCAGCUGGUGGAGGACGUGCAGAGACUGCAGGCCAGUCUGGCCAAACUGCGCGAGAAUUCCUCCACCCAAAUCAGCCAGCUAGAGCAGCAGCUCAGUGCCAAGAGCGCCACACUCAAGCAACUGGAGGAGAAGUUGCAGGAGCAGGCCGACUACGAGGAGGUGAAGAAAGAGCUGAGUAUCCUGAAGUCCAUGGAGUUCGGGCCGUCUGACAGUGCCACAGCGCAGGACUCGUCUAAGCCUCUGGAGGUGUUGCUGCUGGAGAAAAACCGCGGUCUUCAGUCUGAGAGCGCUUCGCUCCGCAUCGCCAACACCGAGCUGAGCGGGUCAGCCAGCCAGAAAGUGAAAGAAGAGACCGUGCCACACGUCCCCACCUCUGCCAACUCAACCCCAACCCCUCCCGCCCCUUCUCCACUCCUGGGUCGCCCAGGAGCAGGCCCGAACUCUGCUGGCCCGCCCCCGGAGUCACCCACUGCUAGCGCCGCUAAUGGAGGACAUGCUUUCUCGCCGGCACUGGACCUCUACGGUACCGCCUUCCCCCUGGCGGGUAAGGUGGCACUGGGCUCACUGCUGCAGCGCCAGCUCAUGCACACCUUCUACUCCAAAGCGCUGCAGGACUUCGGCCACACCCACUACACGCCCCUGGCACUGGCGCCCGCUCCCCCGCGUCAGCCCUGUGCCAGCCCAGAUACGAACGGCACAGCGCCGUCGCCCAGCCGCUCGGAGGGUGCGGGCAGUGCUUCAGAGGGCGAGGACAUGGACACAGCAGAGAUCGCACGCCAGGUCAAAGAGCAGCUGAUCAAGCACAACAUUGGGCAGCGGGUUUUCGGGCACUACGUGCUAGGCCUUUCACAGGGUUCCGUCAGCGAAAUCCUGGCACGCCCCAAACCCUGGAGCAAGCUCACCAUCCGCGGCAAGGAGCCCUUCCAUAAGAUGAAGCAGUUCCUCUCUGACGAGCAGAACAUCUUGGCACUGCGCAGCAUCCAGGGCAGGCAAAGAGAGAGCCCAGGCCAGGCCCUUAGCCACAUGUUUCAGGAAGGCCCGAAGCGGAGAGCCGGCUCGGAAGGCGCCCCGCGGACAGGCAACAUUACCACCCGUAUCCGCACACCUGAAAGCGGCUCUGAUGAAGCCAUCAAGUCCAUCCUGGAGCAGGCCAAGCGUGAGCUGCAGGUCCAGAAAGCAGCUGACACAUCUCUGCCGCCAUCCUCAUCCAGUGGAGGAGGAGGAGGUUCAGAUGAGGCCAUCCGCUCCAUCCUAGAGCAGGCGCGGCGCGAGAUGGAGGCCCAGCAGGCCUCCUUGUCCUCCUCGUCUUCUUCGUCAUCCUCUUCUUCCAUCUCCUCCUCCCUUUCUCAGUGCGAUCUCUCAUUAUUGUCGCCCAAAGUUUUGGCGCCUUCACCAUUGGGCGCCCCCCUGACCACCUACAGCCCUCUGGCACUCGGCUUGAAGAAGCCUCCUCCUCUGCUUCCCUCUUCAUCCUCCUCACCAUCCUCACCGUCUCCGUCCCCUUUACUUGACUUCAGCAGCAUUAAGAAGGAGCGUCCAGUAUCACCAGGCCAGGAUGGAGCCUCCAGGGUUCCAUGGAGGGAGCAGUGGUGGAACAGCUCGCAGCAAGAGCGCAGAGGAACUGGCUUGCCUGAUGAGAACCACAGCAUGGAAGACUCAAAGGAGACGCCCCCCAGGCUGCUUGAUGCCCCUCAGUACUGGAGCGAGUGGCACCACGCCGGCUCCGCCUACCCGGAGCUCAGCGGCACCCGCGUGCCAAGGCCGGCCAGAGCGCCCGUGCCCCCGCUGGCGCCCGAGCAGUGCCAGCUGUUCUCAUGCCGCGAGCUGGACACGGUGGAGCUCACCCAGCUGGUCAAAGAGAAGCUAGCCAAGAGUGGCGUAUGCCAGCGCUUGUUUGGAGAGAAGGUACUAGGACUGUCUCAGGGCAGUGUAAGUGACAUGCUGUCUCGUCCCAAACCGUGGAGCAAGCUGACCCAGAAAGGUCGCGAACCCUUCAUCCGGAUGCAGCUGUGGCUUAACGGCGAACUGGGACAGAACUCGGUGAAUCAGCCAGGACCGACGCAAGAGGGCACCCCGAAAACCUCAGGCAGCUGCAGUCCGGCCCCGGAGUCGCCUCUCAGCUCGGCCGAGGAGUCCGUGAAGAGCGGCGGCGAACUGCUCGGCAGCACACAGGCACCCGUUACCGAGCCGUCCCCAUCCGGAGAGGGGGCGGAGGGCACGCAGUCCGGUAACCCACUGCCUCUGCCUCUGACCAACCUCACACCCUCUGGUCUCAGCAUACAAGAAAUGGUGGCCAUGUCGCCGGAGCUCGACACCUACGCCAUCACUAAGAAGGUCAAAGAGGUGCUCACUGACAAUAACCUCGGUCAGCGUUUGUUCGGCGAGACCAUCCUGGGGCUGACUCAGGGCUCGGUCUCUGACCUGCUGGCCCGGCCCAAACCCUGGCACAAGCUGAGCCUGAAGGGCCGUGAGCCGUUCGUGCGCAUGCAGCUGUGGCUCAGUGACCCGCGCAACGUGGACAAGCUCAUGGACAUGAAGCGCAUGGAGAAGAAAGCGUACAUGAAGCGACGCCACAGCUCGGUUAGCGACGUCCCGCCCGUGGACAGUGGCAUUAUGGGGUCGGACUUCGGCCCAGGCACCAGCCCUCAGCACCACCCUCAGCAGCAGCUGAAGAAGCCGCGGGUGGUCCUGGCUCCAGAGGAAAAGGAAGCCCUAAAGAGGGCCUACCAGCAGAAGCCCUACCCCUCUCCCAAGACCAUUGAGGAACUGGCAACCCAGCUCAACCUCAAAACCAGCACCGUCAUCAACUGGUUCCACAACUACAGGUCUCGUAUUCGUCGAGAGCUCUUUAUCGAGGAGAUCCAGGCAGCAGGCUCAGGCUCUGCUUCAGCAGGUGAAGGCGGCUCGCCCUCAGUCCAGGCAGGAAAAGGCGACGGCUGCGAUGGCACAGAUUCAGACGGCACAGCCGAGGGCAGACACGAUGCCCCCGGCGACGAAAAGCCCACCUCCGGCCCCGAGGACAUGCCCAAGGAGCCCACUCCGUCUAACUCGCCGACCCCGAGAGACCCCACUACCUCAGCCACCGAAGGACCUGGCACCAGCGGGCACCAGGGCGGCACCUCGGCCCUCGGCCUGUUCGGCUUCACGCGCAACCCCAAGGACAACAGCCUGCGCAAAAAGAAAGCCGCCAACCUCAAUAACAUCAUCCACCGGCUGGAGAAAGCCGCCAGCAAAGAGGAGCCGUCCGAAUGGGAGUUCUGAAUCCUCGCUAGUGUAAAACACACACAAACACACAGCCUCCCCCCACCCCCAACACACACACACCCUCCCCACUACCCCCAAUCUGACCUAGGAGGACACGCUUACCUCCUGAGGGCAUAGCCAAAGUCAAGUGCGGCCAUGAGACUUUUAUUUUUUUUGAAGAGGAGGAGAAAGAAGUGAAUAAGUGCAGUAGUGCGUAUAAGAAGAGGAAGCGGAUCGUUCCGGAUUCUUGUACUGAGAUGAAGCACUUAGCCGUCCCGUCGGCCACGGCGCCCUAAUAAACCACCCCAAACUCAGCAUUAAGCUGCCUCUCUCUAUCUCUAUCUCUCUCUCUCUCUCUCUCUCUCACAUCUAGGGCUCUUUCCUUCAAAAGGCACACUUCACGGGGAGGAUCAGCACACUCGCCUCAAAAGUGCGCACAGACUCCGAGCUCUGAUUCUUCACACUGUUGAUUUGAGUUACUGUUACACUUAUAUUUCUUUUUGUCCGUUUUGUUUAUUUUUAUUUUUUUUUUUGGAUUUUUUUUUUUUUUUUUUGUAAUCGGCGUGUGCGUGUAAUAUUUUUUAAACCUACUCCAUUAUGUCUGGCUGAAAAACAAGAGGAUUGAGAACAAAACAAACAAAAAAGACAUGACAUAGUUACUGAAGGAAGGGAAUCGGAAGUUCAUCCUCACAUUUCCCAUCUCUCCCUCCUCCUCCACACCCGCCAUCUAAUGGCUGAGGACCUCCUGCAUUUCUUCACCUCCUUUUUUUUCUACCAGGAUGUCCUCUGAUGAAGAACAAGGUCUUUAUAUAUAUAUAUAUAUAUAUAUAUAUAUAUAUAUAUAUAUAUAUAUAUAGCAAAUCGGUUGCCACUAAGAGAUUGCACAGUCUAUUGACUCUAAAGGACACACACAAAAAAAAAAAUACACACUUUUUUGGAAGGGAGAAUUGACCUGAGGAAAAAAAACAAAAACAAACAUGUUUUAAAACGAAAAAAAAAACAAGAAUCACUAAAUCACAAUUUUUGUACAUCGAAAAAAAAAAAAAGGUGCAAGGUUUAGAGAAGACGAAGAAAAAAAACAGACAAAAAAAUAAAAAACGCGAAUAUAUCGUGGUAGCUGACGUAGUGAUAUUUCGUCAUGUAGAGCUCUAAUAGUGCACAUCGACUUCACAGCACGGGUUCACGCCACAUUAUUAUCGUUUUAGACCACAUGCAAGAAGAACGAAAUCAGUUGAAGCAGAGAUUAUAAUCACGGCUAGACGCUUAAUGAGCUUUGAAAAGGAAAAAGAAAACAAAAACAAAGUUGGCAUCUGUUGCAGGAUCGAGGACUAGAGAGAGGAUUGUGGGGUUGUAAGUACUGUACUCUGUAGACACAAGUGGUACUCAUAAAGUCUUCGGAAGGGUGGGGGGGGUUCUUCUGUCCUCUGACGUCGCCAAGAGAUGCACAGUUCACUUUAAAAACAAAAAAAAAAACAGCGACGAAGAUAAUACACUCCACCAUUCGGCCCGUGAUCCUGGCGCGCCAGCUGUGUGUGCGCCGUGUGUAAAUGAGACACAUGAGUUUCGGUCCCUAACUCCCGUUCCCUCCUCCCUUCUUAAAAGGUACCUUGGAAAAAGCUACCGAAAGUACUGUUACGUUUUUUUUUUUGUUUUUUUUGUUUUUUUUCGGAAACCGAGCACCAAGUACGUGAUACCAAAGUGUCGCUUCAGAUUUCUUAAAAAGAUGCAUUUCUUCCUCACAAAAUAACCAAAUUUUUGUCCGGAACUCCUCAUUGGUAUCUGUGCAGCAUAUUGGCGCUUUUUUUUUUUGUUUUGUUUUGUUUUAUUUCCCUCUCUCUCUCUCUUUUUUAUUUUUCCAAACUGGAGGUGACCCAUAAGGAAGAGGGCGCUGUGUGUGAAGACACCGCUGUCCUCUCGAACCCUGAACAAGCUCUCAGUGCCUGUCAAUCCACUGCCUCCCUUCUGUACACCUGUGUGUGUGUGUGUGUGUGUCAGCUUGUGUAUGAGAUUGUACAUAUCACACACACACACACAUGUAGAGUGCACAACUGCCCCACUUCCUCUCUUCUUCAUAAGCUGUUAUAACCGAUCAUUAUCAUUAUUAGGCUUCUAAUGAAGUAGUGGAUUUAAUUCCUUUUGUUUUUGUUUUGUUUUUUAAAGAAAAAAAACUUUUUAUCGCCAUAUCCUAAAGCAUCAUAUAGAGUUGCGAGUUUAUUUGGCUUAUUUAUAGGUGCUGUGUUUUCGUUUUGAUGAAUUUUUGUUGUUUUUAUUGAGUAUCGGUUUAUAAGAGGGCAAGUUACGUUUUGUUUGUUUGUUUGUUUUUUUUUAUUUUUAGACUGAUUUUAGACUGCCGGCAGUAUUGGGUAAUAUUUAGUUCUCAUUACGUUGUAUAUUAAUGAAUUCUGCAGAUUAUUUUAACUCGUUUAUAUUACGUUGAAUUCUAAUGAUGUCACUUCAAAUCGAUCACGACGGCAUUUAAUGGCUGACUAAUAGCUGUUCACUUUUUAUCGUAUGUUUUUUUGGAUCUUAUCUGAUUUUUGUUUGGUUACUCUUUCUCACGUAGUACGAAGCAUCGUGUCUCUUUUGUAAUCCUCUGAUUAUACUGAUCUCGUUUGACGUGUUUUGGGGAAUCUUGUCUCUUUUUCCCUCGUUUUAAUUUUAUUUUAUUUUUUACUUUAGCGAGCGUGUUUCGUACCUCUCAGGCCCUGUGUACACUGGCGUUUCUAAUCUCUGCGCUUCAGAGAGUGUGGACUUCCCUAAAUGUUGUGUUCAGGACACUGCAGAUGAUCGCCGUGAGUGUGGUGUGUGUGUGUGUGUGUGUGUGUUUGGAUCUUCGUUUGCUGUUUUUUUCGGAUGGUUGAUAGCGUGUUUUGUUUUUGUCCCCCCACCCCACCCACCCACACAAAAAGUCUGCACUAUUUCAGCAUUAAGCUUUGACUACAUUGCAGCUGAGGUUAAAAAAGGAGAGCUUGGUGUUUGUGCUUAUUUUUAUUUUUAUUUUUCCACUAUAGGAAGACUCACAUCUGGGGUGAAAAAGCAAGUCGUCAUGAGUUAUCAUCACCAUUAAGGCCGCUGAGGAAAUUUUCGCAGCAAAAUCUUUAUCCUGCGAAAUUUUUCCAAAUCCGUCACCUUCGUAUACGUGCUAUGGGGAGGGACGUUAAGGAUGCCCUCUAGUGGUUGAUUACUUUCAUUCAGCGAAUUCAUUUUUAUUAAUAUUAUCCCCCUGAAUAAUUCUCGCACCUUCUUCCGUGGCUGUUAACAGCACGCUUUGGUUGCUAAGCAACAUAAGGGGACCCGGUUAAGGUGCGUUAUGGACGGAAGAGUGGGUUUUAUCGGUUUAAAAUCAGGUGCGUUAAAACACACACAUCUCACUUACGUACUCGUCGUGGGUACGUCCUGCGUCUUUCAGCCAAUCAGAGAUUAGGACCGGCCCGUCCUCGGGUCGCUCACUGAGGCGUAGUACACAACCGGCUUCCUCUUCACUAUACUCACUGAAGCGAAAGCUCUUUAGUAAGCAGUGAUACAGCAAUCACUUCAAGAAGAAGAUGGCAAGAUAGCUGACGAAUUAAAGCGCAGAGAGCUUUAGCCAGAGGAAAUCCAGUUGUGAGACUGAAAUGUUGGAAACGUGGAAGAAUUUCUGCAGAUCAUUUCUACAUAUCACAUUGAGGGCUUUUUUUUUUUUUUUUUAAAGAAAAUUGGCAGUAAAAAUAAAAUGAUUAGAAAAAUUAUUCACAGCCUUUUUCUGCACCAAGCAACAGAUUUAGCUAAAUAAAUACAUAAAUAAGGAAGCUUUAUAUUUUAGCUUAGUUGGCUAAACGUAAAACGUCGGGAUUUUAAACAUUUAAUUUGGAUUUUAUUUAAUUUUUAUUUAUUUAUUUUGCGCAUAAAUUGUUCUAAAAGUAUUUCAAGAGCCCCGUCUGACUUCCUCCUCCUCCCCGGCGUGAAUACUGCAGCGGCGUGAAUACUGAGCACAAGCUAUUCUUUUCUAUGAAUCAUUUGCACUUAUCCCCUAUCAUUUCAUCUCAGCAGGUGACGUUUUGGCCUUCUACUGCACUGCAUCCCGCUUUCAAAGCACAAAGACGGAGGUCAAAAAAAGGAGCGGAACAAUUUUAACCAAGCAGUUUUUCGGGUUUUUUUUUUUUUUUUUUUUGUUGAGCUGUUACUGCCGUCGAGAUUAUCGCAAACUUCGCAAAGCCCUUUACAGGUUCGAUGAAUCGUCUUUGCAAGCACUUAAAGCAGCACACUGCGAUUUGCGUUUCGCAAACAAAAAUAAUAAUAAAAAUAAUAAUAAUACAAAUGAUAAUAAGUCCCCUCUUUUCCUGCACCCAGUGCAUUUCAUUUCAGCGUGGUAAUGCGAUUACCAUCCAAAAGGUUAUAAACCCAAAUUCCUCAUUGCCUUUUCGAGUUCCAGAGUUAAAGCACUCACGUACACACGAUUUUUUUUAUUUAUCCCCAUUGUCAGAUUUGUAGCUAAAGCACUUGCACAGUAAAAAAAACAAAAAACAAAACCCCCUGUGGAUGAUCACUGAGAAAGCACAAUCUUACACCGCUUCAGGAUUUUAUUACGGGGGGGGGACAAAAAUCGAUUCUUUUCUCUCUCGCUUAGACACGGCGAGAUUCUCGGCUCACGUGUCGAGUGCCUUCUGCACCUCGUGGGAUCGUUUCAUUAAAGGUCGCUUCGAAUUGUUUUUCACGACUAUAAGACAAACACUAAGAUCCAGGAUUUUUUUUAAAAACUCUUAAUAGAAUCAAAUUUACAAUAAAAACGUGUGAACACUAAAACCUCGGCUGUCUCUUGAGAAUGCUCAGUACUCAUCCCUGUACCUUUUUUUCACGUUUUUUUCUAAAUGGGAAAAUAAACCCCGGCGAACGCACGAACACCAAGCUCUCUCCUCCCGUCUUUUAACAUUUUAUCGCAAUGCCCCGAAAAGCUUUCAGCAACCCCACGCAUUUUACUUCCUUUAGGGCUCUCUCACACGUCUGAUUAAAUCCUCCAGGUUUUUGCAGAUUUACUGAAUUAUGUAUGGUUUAAUUUAACAUGGAUUUCCUUUUUCUCGGUGCUCGAGGCUGAUUUUAUUCUUUAUUUUUCCUCCCCACCCCCCCCUUUCCUUCUCCGUGUUUUGUUCACCGUAGCGUGUCGCUGUUUUGUACUGACUGGUCAGUGGAAGAUGUUUAGUUUUGUCUUAUGCGAAGUUUAUUCAUACACUGAUGAGAACACUGAGUUACGUGACUUGAAUGGACCCGUGUUGAAGUUUUUUUGUUUGUCGUCCUGCUCGUUCUUGUUCUUUCUUUUUUUUUCUUUUUCUUUUUUUAUGUUAUCUGUUACAUGAUUCGAUGAAGAAUUCAGACCCAUGAUUUCAUCUGCUGUUUCGCAUUGUUCGGGGAAACGAAUCGAUGGGGGAAAAAAAAGAAAAGAAGAGAGAAUCCUUUACAGCAGCUCUUUUUAAAGAAACCAAAUACUGUACUAAAACGGGUUAUUGUGUGCAUGCGAGUGCAUCUAUCAGGUCAACAAGUUGUUUCGUUUUCGUUUUCGUUCCUUAAUCACGUACCGCCUCCUCUUCCUCCUCCUCCCUGUUCGAUCUGUUUCAUUCCCCCUUAACUUGAGCUCAGGCGAGAAGAAAAAAAAUAUAUAUAUACGCUUUUAUUCGUUCGUUCAUUUCUUUUCACUUCGAGUCGUCCGGAUUUCGGCGGAAUCGCUUUAAAACCUCGAAACGACGAAGCUCCUCAACGAAAGAACACGAUCCUGACGCUCACGCCGUAACUGCUGUUCAUCCGCGUUUGUCCCUCCUUCCUUUACCCUGAAGCACUGAUCCUGAGAAGGUGGUACACGCCGAGAAAGGUUCUAGAUGAUCCGGGGAAGUUCUGUCGUUGGGUUAAAGAAAGAAGGAGUCUGGUUCUCAGUGCAUGGAUCAGAUCGAGAAAGGAAAAACAAAGGCCGACGGAGAAGAGAGGCACGGAGAAUCAUCGUUUUUUUGUUAAAAGGCUUUUAUUUUGUUUUAGACGCUCGAAGACAGGCAUGGAAUAUAUAUAUAUAUAUAUAUAUAUAUAUAUCUAGGGAUGCAUCGAUACAGUUUUUUUCCAGAUAUUUAGAACGUAAGUUAGGACGUCACGUAACACUCGGUUCAUGAUGAUAGAGAGAAGUUCAUUCAUUUUUAACCAGAGCUGAUUUAGUGGCUAAAUCUGGGCGUGUCCAUCGGCACGACCGAGCGACUGCCAAUAGGAUCGAAGUCUGACUUUAGAGCACACACUGCUUCUCCUUCAUCACCUUACAAUAGGAUGCUGAAUGUUCCACACAAACACCAGAUCCCUCUCCAGAAUGAUUCAUUUCAUCGGUAACCCACUAAAAAAAAAAAUAAAUAAUGUUAUUACCAUGGCAACCCUCAUAGUCGAGUGACUGGAGACUCGCGUGUGUGAAUGCAGCGUCAGUGCUAAUUGUUGCUAGAAGGAAGCUGAAGAGCUCAGUGAAUUGAUCUGCUCGUUCUGUACAUGCACUCGUUUUUACCCGUCACUGAUGCCGCUCAGCCUCUCACACGCUCUGUAUUAAAGAUCUGAAAGAUGUUUUAUCAGAUUAUGGGUAUCCUAGGAAGACGCUGGAAUGGCUACUCGUGAUAUUUCCGCAAGCAAUCGUAAAAUCCGUUCAGAUCGGAGGCCACGAUGUUUUCGAGUACAGUUAAUGGCUCACUGUUUCAGACCGAUAAACGAGAUCAGUCUCUGUAUCGAUGCGUCCCUGUUUAUAACAGUCCGUGCAAACUUACUUCAAAAUCUGUCUCGUAAAUGCAGCCUACUUAGGCAUCCAGAGAACAAGUUCCAUCAUGCCCACUCCGUCGUUACUCGAGAUGCCUUUAUUUCAGAAUAUCAGGUCCGCCCCUUCCUCGUUUUCUUCCUCACGCCGGCCUCAACACCGAACUGCGACUUUCUUACGAGCGGCUUUUGUGAAUUCCAGAUCGAACUGUUAUUUUUCUACCGAAGUAAAUCAGAUGUUCUAUACACCACCAUGCAAAAGUUGUACAGAUUUUACCGAGACAUAUCGUGUGGCGCGCGGAGCCGUCUUCUCCGUGGUGUUUGGACGCUAGCGGAAGCGCACAGGACGACACUGGCCCUCUUCAUCAGGACUAACGGGCCGCCGUUGUUUUGUAGUUCGAUAUGAAGUGUUGAACCGAGCGGAAUCACUGGGACGCAGAGUUGUGUAGCUGGUCAGAGUUUUACGUUUAUGGAUUUUUUUGACUUUUAACUGUCUGCAUUAAUCGAGCGCGACGAUAUCGAAGCUAAUCGCUCGCGCCUUUUUCAUUUCUUUGAGAAAGCUUUAGGACGUGUUGAUUUAAAUAUGUCAUGAAUCUGUCGAUCGUCCCAAAUCCCGGACGUGUAUAGGACGUUUUUUUUUGGAAAAUAAUAAUAAUAAUAAACCCCAGUUCAUUUGCUAUAGCGUUGUCGAUCAUGGGGUGGAUGGGAAUUGUAGUCUUUGCUGCUAACACGGAGUCAUGAUAUUUUUUGAUUUGAGGAUUCGUUUGAAACCAUUGGUCGUGAAAAACGUAAAAACCGGGUUGCAAAAGCAUUUUGUAAGAAGUUGUUUCAGAGAUUACGGUUAGUCAUUUGUAUUUAAACAAAAAAAUAAAUAAAUAAAUAAAAAAGAUGAAAAAAUGAAUUAAAAAACUCUAUCAGCCAUUUUGUGGCUCUUCACCUUUGAUCACUUUACUACUUCAAGCCACCCUGCCAGAUUUCUAGUCUUUUUACUAAAAAAGGACGGUUUUUUCAGCUGAAGCUUUGGAAAGCUGGGACACUACUUUAUUAUCUGGGGUGGGAUUAUAUCAGGACUGACAUAUAAACAAAACAAAAAAAAAAACAAAAAAAAAAAGAGGGGGCGGGGGAUUUGGGGCCACACCCACACCCUGCCUUAAAGUGCCAGAGGCCUCAAAGCUCCCUCGCGUAUACGGUAUAUUACUUACAGUGGGGGGGGAGAAAGUUGUAUUUUGUCCACUAGCGUUUGAUAAGCACUCACUACGAUGAACGGGUUUAAGACGUACACACACAGUCCAAAAAAUAACAAUUAAAAAUCAAAACAAAACAAAAACGAUGACACGCUUACUUUCUAUGUAUAGUAUCUGUAAUAAGAUGUACAAACUUUAUCAGAUGAUAUGGAGAAGACCUUUCCCGAGAGAAUCGCUCCAGAGGUCUGAUGACUUUCUUUUUUUUUUUUCUGCGUGUGGGACGAAUACGGAUCAUGCCAAAUACUACGAUUAUGUCAGACGUAUCCCUGAGACUCUGUUGAGGUCUGUGUGUCUUGACGUGGUUUUGUAUGGUAGGGUGUGUGUAUAUACUUUUUUGUGUUUUUUGGCAUUUUGCUUUCUCUCUCCCUUUCUCUUUGGAUCCGUCUCAGCUCGCAACUUCGCUCGUCAUCGUGGAAUUGCAACUUCACAUUGAAGUUUUGAGACGGUCACGCCGUCUCUCUCUCUCUCUCUCUCUCAAGCUCUGGUUAGUGCUUAUCGACUAAUCACACGUCACGUUGAGGUUUGUAUGGAGGAGAGUGCGACCGCAGAUGAGAUUUGUUAGUCUGGCUCUUGUUUGGGUGCUCACACACACACACACACACACACACACACUCAUGAGUCAGUACUAGGCUUUAGGUUGUGUGUGUGUGGAGUGUUUAAGAUGCUCACUGACUUUCAGUCUCUCUCUGUUGAUUAUAUUUUUAAUCCAAGUGAUUGCCGUUGGAGUGUUUCCGUUCCUCACACUUUUCCACGUAGAUAUGGUGCCAUACGCCCGAAUAGACCGGUUCUGCAAAGCAAUCCCGUCAUGCCUCUGAACGUUGACCCACUGAAUCACGAUCCUCUCGACGUUAUUGUGAGAUUUAAACAGACUUAAAGCGAUCUUCCCGAACUCCACCUGUGUGUGUGUUUCAGUGUGACCUCGUCACUUCAGUCUGCAUGAGCAUAUUAAACUUGUACUGCCUUUUCUCCUCCCUCUCUCUCUCUCUCUCUCUCUCUCUCUCUCUCUCUGCUCACCUCCCAACCUCGCGAUAGAUCCCGGGGUCUAUCUAAUCUCACCUUUUGUUUUUCCUCUGAUCUUUGUUGUUUUUUUUUGUUGUUGUUGUUGUUGUUUUUUUUUCCUCCCCUUAUUUUUAUUUUUUAUUUUUAUUUUAGUGUGUCAUGUAGUCUGUUCUCAGCACUGUAAGACAGUCCCUUAUACAAUAUGGAGAAGCAAUAUCACUGUAAGAAAUCUUCACAAUGUAUUAUUAUUAUUGUUACUAUGAUUAUGAUUAUUCACUAGCACCCUAGGUGUGAUAAUUGAAGUAAAUAUCUUUUAUACAAACACA